ACGCGUUGGGUCCAAGUUUGGCCGAUUUGCUCAAUAACUCAUCCGACUCUCACUACCAGUUCUUAGGAGUCGGUGCUGAGGCUGACCUAGAAGAGAUAAAAAGUGCGUAUCGGAGAUUGUCAAAGGAAUAUCAUCCCGACACCACCUCUCUCCCUCUAAAAGCUGCGUCCGACAAAUUUAUGAAAUUAAAACAAGUGUACGAGGUCCUCAGCAACGAAGAAAGCCGCAAGUUCUACGACUGGACGCUUGCUCAAGAAGAGGCAAGCCGCCAAGCUGAUAAGCUGAGGAUCAAGUUGGAAGAUCCUUACGAGCAGGAGCUGCAAAGCUGGAAAUCCACUCCAGAUAUGGUCGAUCGCCUUGCUGGAAGGAACAUGGACUUGAGUGAUCAGGCCACCACAGCUCUUACCUUGGAUAUCCUUAUCAUUCUCUUUGCUAUAGGCUGCAUUGUGUAUGUCCUCCUCUUUAAGGAACCAUAUUAUUGAUUAGAUACAAACUACCAUACAAGUACAACACACUUUCAAUCG